UUAAACAAGAAAACAAUGAAGGUAGCAACGAAAAAAGUCAAGUCCUUGGACAAAACAAAGUCCAAAAAGGCAGUUAUAAAGAAAAAACAGCAGUCAGUAGAGAUCCCAAAGUUGGCGAAAGCCGUGAAGACAGCGAAGCCAAGUAAAGUUGAGAAACAGCCAAAGAAGAAGGCGGCUAAGAAAUCACACAAACAGGACUUGGAGGGUAUAAAGGAUAUAGAUCCCGAGUUCUAUGAUUUCCUUAAAAAGAAUGACAAGGAACUACUGGAUUUCAAUCUUAUGGACAGCGAUGAUGAUGACGAGGAGGAAGAUGUGCAACAAAAAGAAGCUACUGUUGCCGAAGACAGCGAAGAGGACGAGGCGAAGUAUCACAAGCCCAGCAAUGAUCUUGCCGUGGCCAGCGAUGAGAGUGACUUCGAAGGAGAUGACGAUGACGAGGAAACAAUAGCUGCAGGUGGUCAACAAAAAAUUACACUCAAUAUGCUGCGCCAAUGGCAACUGCAGCUGGAGAAGCCCAAUGUACCCAUUGAGGCAGUGCGGCAGGUCAUUCAAGCGUUCAAUUCCGCCUUGGCUAGCAUUAGUGCCGAUGCCGAGGGCGAACAGGCAAAUGCCGCUGCUUACAAAGUUGUUGGCGCCGCCACCUUCAAUGGUGUCAUCCAACUAUGUGUGCUCCAUCUGCAACCGGCCAUAGUCCAAGUGUUGGGCGUCAAGCCCAACAGUAGUCUACCCUUGCACAAGCACAAGAAGUGGGUGAAGGUGCGUGGUUGUCUGCGCUACUAUUUGGGUGAUUUGAUACGCCUCAUAGAACAGGUAUCUAGUUCGAAUAUAUUGACCGUGCUGCUCAAGCAUCUGCAUCAAAUGGCCGGCAUGGUGGCACCCUUUACAGCGCUGGGAAAAACCAUACUAAAACGUCUCAUUGUGCUCUGGGCAACAGGUGAUGAGACAGUGCGCGUGUUGGCUUUUCUUUGCAUACUCAAAAUAACACGUAAACAACAGGCCACCAUGCUAAACCACGUUCUGAAAGCCAUGUAUUUGGCAUAUGUGCGGAAUUCCAAGUUCGUUUCGCCCAAUACGCUGCCUGGUAUCAAUUUCAUGCGCCGCUCGCUAGUGGAGAUGUUCGCCCUGGACUUGAAUGUUAGCUACCAGCAUGCCUUCCUCUACAUCCGCCAGCUGGCCAUACAUCUGCGAAAUGCUGUUAUCUUGAAAAAGAAGGAUAGCUUCCAGGCCGUUUACAAUUGGCAGUUCAUCAAUUCGCUGCGUCUCUGGGCGGAUUUACUGGGAGCCACCGCAAAUAAGCCACAGCUGCAACCACUUAUCUAUCCACUGGUGACGAUUACAAUAGGUGUGAUUCGUUUGAUACCGACGGCUCAGUACUUUCCGCUACGUUUCCAUUGCCUGCAGUCGCUCAUCUCGCUCUCCAAAGAAACGCACACCUAUGUGCCUGUGCUGCCCCUCAUUGUGGAGGUGCUGCGCAGCAACACGUUCAACCGCAAACACACAUCGGUGUCCAUGAAGCCUCUUCAGUUUACGUGCAUUCUGCGUUUGAACAAAUCGCAGCUGGCGGAGAAUGGAUUCCGGGAUGAGGUCGUGGAGCAGGUGUGUGGCCUGCUCUUGGAAUAUUUGGCUUAUGAGUCGUCCACGUUGGCCUUUAGUGAUCUGGUUGUGCCGGUGGUGAUGGCCCUCAAGGCUUAUCUCAAGGAGUGCCGCAAUGCCAACUAUGUGCGAAAGCUGAAGCAGCUGCUGGAUAAGAUUCAGGAGAGUAGCCGCUUCAUUGAGCAACAGCGCAGCAAGAGUAACGUCACAUUCGACCUAAAGGACGCUCAGGCAGUGCAGGCAUGGGAACAACAAGUGCGUAACAAGCGCACUCCCUUGGACAUCUACUAUGCCAGCUGGUUGAAGACGCACGAGACGAAGAAGCGACGCCAAGCGGCUCAAACGGACGACAUCAAUGCGGACUACGAUAUACCCAAAUUGAAGCGACCCGCUGCCAAAACAGAUGUCCCGGUGCGCAAUGAAGAUGGUGAACUUGAGCUCUUCCCAUCUGAUUCAGAAGACGAUGAUGCAGCGGGAUUGCCCACUGACGACGAUGAUGAUUCAGAGGUGGAACAGCCGCAACCGAAGAAAUCUAAACGCAACCAGGAAAAACAGGAGGCAAAGAAGCAGCCGGAGGAAGUAGCGCCUACAGAGCCUGCAGAUGAAUACGACGACGCUGGCACAGCUGUGGAUAUUGUCAAGGACUUAGAUUUGAAUGAUUGGUGAAACAAAAGCAAACAACAAAAAAACGAUUGUACCAUAGAAAUAAACUAGACAUACGUACAUAUAUUAACAAUUUAA